AACAUACAUUUUACCCAUAAUCAAGUGAGUAUAUGAACUUUUAUCAAUUGCGUGCUUCUCUUCGGUACUAUAGAGUUCAUCGGAACCUAACCAAAAAACAACAAAAAAAUUUUAGAACGUCACUUAGUGUUGUUGUUGCGCUGAUAUCAGUGUAAUCGCUUCGCUGUAUUGGAAGUAAAAAUUUGCCUGGCCCAUAAAGCGUUGUGAUGGUGAGGUGAACAGUUUAGCUAUGUUUACUUGAUAGGAACAGAAUCCAUUCCUAUGAUGUACUAUAAAUCAAAAGCGUCCCCAAACUCAAAUGGUUUUAUCAAUAAUUUAACAAUUGCCGGAAGAGCAAAGAAUAGUCCUUUAGAAUAGUUUUGUGUUCAGUCACAAGGUCAACAGCAAAACAUUGAUGGAAUACACGCAGUCCCCUACUCGCUGAUGGUCUACCGAUAACUGGCCAUCUCUAACUGGGUUUGCCUUUGUCUCCUGUAGAAUCUAGAACAAUUGGACACCUACCUGUCAAUAUCAUACACUAACCAAGCGAACUGAUAAUGCUCUAGACAGAAAAGGACAAUAUUUGAAACCUCGUUGGAUUCGUUUUUUGUCGAGUCAACUCAACGAAGUGGAUAGACAAUUUUACUCAGUGUUUACGUGUGCUGUGUUUAUGUGUGGACGCUUGUUGUUUAAGCACACGUACGUUAAACAAAUGAAGUUGUUUAACCGAGCUAAAAGAUGCAUUCAUAUAAUAAAAUGUUUAGAAGAUUUGAUUAACGGAAUUAAGGGAGUCUCUUAUUGCUAUUCUCCAUGUGUCUGGCCCAUUGCACAGCCAAUUGUUGGUUCAAUUUUGAGAGUUCAGAUGCUUUCUUCUUAUUUUACAGAUGGCCAAGCUACUUAAUAUUCGCCAACUCUGUGUUUCAAGGCAGAAUUUCUUUCCAUAUUCAUUUUCCAACACUGCUAUCCAUCAUACAAUACAACACAGAAACUCUUUCAGAUAUUUACAAAGGAAAUUCGAAUGAAACGAUCUUUCUGCGAAUGAAUGCGUACGUUACUUGCAGGUCAUCAUGGGCCGAACCUUCGUAUCAAUAUCUACAGCGGAGCAAAAUUCCCACAAUGCAUUUUCAGAAGUCACUUCCACGACUGCCAGUGCCGAAGCUGGCAGAUACCUGUUCGCGCUAUUUACGUUCGCUUGAACCAAUUGUCACCACUGCAGAACUGGAAAAGACUCGCACAAUUGUAAAGGACUUUGAGGAAGGUCGUGGAAAUGCAUUGCAAACCGAGCUUGUCGCAGAAAAUUCAAAAAAUAAGCAUACCUCGUACAUCUCUCAACCAUGGUUUGACAUGUACCUCUCGUCUCGUUCACCGGUUCCGUUGAAUUACAAUCCUUUUCUUAUCUGGAGACGUGAUUCCAAUGAGAAAUACAAUGACCAGUUAGUGCGGGCUUCCAACCUGGUGAUCUCUUCAUUACGAUUUAAAAAGUCAUUACGAAACAAGGAGCUUGAGCCGAUGGUAUUUCACCUCAACGCUGCCAAAAGCGACUCGCCAUUUUAUCGAGACGUUAUGAGCUGGACUCCAGGUUUUGUCUCGUGGUAUGCGUCUGCGCUUUUGUUUAAGGCCUAUCCGCUGGAUAUGUCACAGUUCAAAAAUCUCUUUAACACAACGCGAAUACCCCGAAAAGAUAAAGAUGAGCUUCUCUACGAGCCUACUGCAAGACAUAUGGCUGUCCUCUACAAAGGAAACUUCUACGUGUUCGACGUCGAGGAUAGUACAGAUUUCCUAUGCAUCUCAUCCGUUUUGUUCGACUCAGGUCAGAUUAUCUCGCCGCAAGCCGUUUAUGCCAAUCUAUCAACGAUAUUCAAUAGAAACGACCAGCCCGCCGCCACUGCACUAGGAGCUCUUACUACGAUGGAUCGGAACGCUUGGGCCCAAGCUCGAACUCAUCUGAUGGGUCUUAAUAACAUGAAUGUAUUGCAUCAACUGGAUUCAGCUGUUAUGCUAUUGGUACUGGACGAGGAAACGUUUGACAUGACUGGCGACUGGAUUCAACUGGCUCAUCAUUUCUUGCACGGGCCAGCAAAUAAUCGGUGGUUCGAUAAAAGUUUUUCGCUGAUUGUAACUAAGUGCGGGAACGCAUGCAUCAACUUCGAGCACUCGUGGGGUGAUGGAGUUGCCAUUCUUCGCUUCUUUAAUGAUGUGCACAAAGAUUCUACCGAAAACCAUUAUUGCCACCCUGGGGAUGGUGUCAAAGCUGGGUUGGCUACCGUCAGGAAACUUGAAUUCCAGAUCGAUUCUGAAACCGAAGAGGUAGUCAAGAAGGCAACGUCCGACUAUGACUCGAUACGAAAAUCAUUAAUAUUAUCGGCUGUGGAGCACAACGGCAUUACUGACAAGUUUAUCAAAGAACAAAAUCUAUCGCCUGAUGCCGUCUUCCAAUUGAGCUUUCAACUGGGCUUCUAUAAGCAAAACAAAUUUACCCCCCCAACAUACGAGUCUUGCUCCACAUUGGCCUUCCGACACGGUCGAACAGAGACUGUUCGCCCGGCAACAAUGGAAACAAAGCGAUGCGUUGAGGCCAUUUGUUCGAGAAAAGGCUCCCCCGAGGAACUUCGCGCCUUAAUCGAUGAAGCAUCAAAAGUUCACAAUCAGCUGACGAAGAAUGCUGCCCUUGGCCAAGGCUUCGAUCGGCAUCUAUUUGCGCUUAAAGACCUCGCAAUUCGAAAUGGCGAAACCCUACACGACCUUUAUUCGGAUCCUGCGUAUGUGUGGAACAAUACAUUUAUCCUUUCAACAUCGACACUUCACGGCAAUGCAUUUAUAGCUGGGGGCUUUGCGCCAGUUGUUAGGAACGGCUUCGGGAUAGGCUAUGGAAUGCCUAACAAAAAUUUUGGUGUGUUAGUAUCAGCGUAUAAACCACACGCCGAUGCCGAAGGACUCGCUCAAUAUCUCAAAGAAGGCUUAGAUCAGAUUAUUGAUAUACUGCUUAAAUGCAAGCCACUGUGUGCCAAGCCGAAAACCAUUUAAUCGUAAAUGUACUGUACAUAGUAAAAG